AUGGCCGAGCUGGAUGAUGAGGAUCGUUUCAUGGGGGAGGUCGUCGUCCCAGAGGCAGAGCCCGAGGAAGAAGUCACCGACCUCAACGGCGCAGUUCGUGGCGUACUCAAGAAGUCCUUGAUGGUGGAUGGAGUCAUCCGCGGGCUGCACGAGGUGGCCAAGCAUGUCGAGGCCUGCAAGGCGCAGGUGGUCUUCAUGGCCGAGUCCUGCAACGAGGCGACCUACAAGAAGCUCAUUCAGGGGCUUUGCGUGGAGAAGAAUGUUCCGGUCAUCGAUGUCCCAGACAACAAGAGCCUGGGCGAGUGGGCUGGGCUUUGCAAGAUCGACAAGGACGGCAUGCCGCGCAAGGUCGUAGGUGCAAGCUGCGUGGCUGUGGUGGAUUUCGGAGAGGAGGGCGAGGCAUACAACUACAUGAUGAAGCACCUGGGCAAGUGA